AGUUUUAAGAAUCUCCAACUUUCGCAUUAGAAGCUUCAAGAAACAAAGGCAAAGAGGAAGACAAGCGCGCGAACAGAGGACCCAAAACGCAGAGCAUAAGCAAACCCUAGCGACCCGAAUGGCCGAGAAAUUGGCUCCAGAGAAGCGCCACAGCUUCGUUCACAAUGGUCAGAAGGUGUUUGAAUGGGACCAAACCCUAGAGGAGGUGAACAUGUACAUAAAUCUGCCCCCAAAUGUUCCUUCAAAGCAAUUUUUUUGCAAAAUCCAGUCGAAGCACGUCGAAGUCGGCAUCAAAGGCAAUCCUCCCUACCUCAAUCAUGAUCUUACUAGCCCAGUGAAGACAGACUGUUCUUUCUGGACACUAGAGGAUGAUAUAAUGCACAUUACACUGCAAAAGAGGGACAAAGGGCAGACAUGGGCUUCACCUAUAGUGGGGGAGGGUCAGCUAGAUCCUUACUCCACUGACCUUGAGCAGAAACGCCUCAUGCUUCAGAGAUUUCAAGAAGAGAACCCUGGUUUUGACUUUUCACAAGCCCAGUUCAAUGGAGACUGCCCUGAUCCGAGGACCUUUAUGGGUGGCAUCCGCUCUGAUUGAUGAGCUUUGUAUGCUGCAUUAGUUGCCUGCAUUAGCCUGGUAUAGCAUCCUGACCAACAUCUAGUAAAUAAGACAAUUUGAUUAGCUGGCCAACUAGGCUUCAUGCAAUCUCUGUACGAACUUCAAUACUACUUACGGUCUGUUGUUUCUUUUUUAUAACUGUAAAGUAACCAACCUAGAUUUUGUGCAAUUCAUCUUCCAGUGUCUGCUUCCUCACUUUACUGCAAUGACACUGCCAAA